UCUUCUCAUCUUUUCGUCAUCUCAUCUUCUCGACAAUUUCAAGUCAUUUCUUCCAUUUAAUCUUAUCGGUUCUAUUCGUCUAAUCUUAUCAUCAACACAUUAUUGUUUUAAUACUUCAGUUGUAUCAUUAAUUUCUCUUUGACAAGCUUGGCUGGUGCCGGCGCGAUUCAAUGCCCACCCCUUCUUCAAAUAACGAGUCCAGAGUUGGAGCGACGAUAUCGCACACAUCGUGCCCCCCUGAAGAUGACAGGUCUACUUGGAGCAUACCAGAGAUGGAAGGUACACUCGAUUCCCCGAUUUUAGAUUCAAGAGCUACACAACAACCCACACCUCCACCUCAUGAUUUACGAACAGUUGAUAUGACACCGACUUCUCAAACUCAUCUGCGAAACACCAAAAGCAUGGAUAUCGAUGAAGAAGCAAAUGGACCCGAUAUGUUAUCUCCUGUCAGCGCGGAAGGAGAUAAGCAGGAUGAAGCUGAGAUGCAUACCGCCACUAAUCCACGGGUUCCUUCACCAUCCUUAGGUUACGAUUUCUCGAACGUUAGAAUGUUACCAUCUUCACCAUCUUCCAAAUUACGACCAGGUAGCAAAUUCCACGGCACACAGCAAUCAGAACGGCAGGUCUAUGACGUACAGGUCGAAAUUAAACAUGUCGACAUGAGGGAAUCAUUUUUAUGUGGAUAUUUACGCAUUCAAGGCCUAACCGAAGACCACCCUACCCUCACGACCUAUUUCGAAGGUGAAAUCAUUGGAUCAAAAUAUUCAUUCUUCACCCAACACGAAGAUUGGGGUUCCACAGAUAAAGUCGAUUUAACACACUGGGCAAAGUUUCAGGCCUUCCGUCCCUUUCAGAAAUCUGCGAAGAAAGGAAACUGCCACAUACCAAAUCUAGCACAACGAGAUAAUAUUUUUAUGAGAUGGAAGGAACACUUCCUGGUUCCUGAUCAUCGUGUUAGAACAAUUAGCGGUGCAAGUUUCGAAGGGUUCUAUUACAUUUGCUUCAAUCAGGUUGAGGGCAGAGUUAGUGGAAUAUAUUUUCACGCGAAGAGCGAGAAAUUUCAACAACUAGAGUUGAAACAUGUUGAGGACAGGGGGUGUUUCCAGGCAGUGGAGUUUAGAUGAAUCACGAAACCCCGACUAUUUAACCAGCAUUUCACAAAUCUUCCAGCGCACUUGAAUAUAUCAGGAAGAUUUGAUUUCCUACGACGAAAAGAGAGCAGGUAUACGGAGCACGGUGUUCAGGAUUGAGGAUACGAUUUGGGAUACAAGGGUGCGUGCAUACAAGUGGAAGGAUAUUUUGAAGGCUCGAUUUACCGUUCUCACGGGCAGCAUUGGAUUAUGAUACUUACCGAUGUCAUAAGCGAUAUAUGAAAUGAAUCGCAUAGUAGCAUAAUAAUUUGAAGAAGUUAUUCUGCAAUACCAAUGCCAAAAGUCGGAUUCGACUGACCAUGCAAAUGGUGAUGAUCAGUCGGGGCCAACUGUUGGGCUUGGUAGUCUUGAACAUUUGGAAAAUCACCCAUCAUAUGAUCUGUCAAGCCAAUUGUUGGACUAAACGUGUACAUUCGUCCUUGGUAUUAACCUUCCAAACUUAUGACGGUAAAAUUUUAGCCACCUAGUCCAAAAAGGAUACAUGAUCAAAUAGUAUC